AUGGAAAAUCACUGGCUGACGCUUUUCAUCCUGGUGUCAUUUAGACUGGCAUUAGCUCAAACGGUUGUAGGUGAUGUUACUACUUUAGAGCCGCCAAAAAGUACAGAGAAAGUAUUACAGGAAUCUACCUCAGUAAGUGAAGAUGCUUCUAAAGUACCGUCUCCAUCUCCCGUAAAUUUAUUUAAAUCACCAUCAUCCAUCAAAACUGCACAAAGGGGUAAAGUUCCAGAGAGUAGCAGCGAAUAUGCUUUGCCAUGGAAUUCUGUUGAAGUAACAUCUGAAAAAAUUCCAAUUACGGAAUUUCCUUCCACUCCGGAAGAAUCUUCGACAUUUGCUCAAGUAAAUCAGCAACAACACCAGUAUAGACCAUUCCAACAGCAACAACAUUACAGACCAGGGUUCCAACAGCAGCAGUAUCAGCAGAAUAUUCAGCAGCAAUACCAACAAGGUGCUCAGCAGCAGCAACAGCAGCACCAACAGCAGCAGCAACAGUACGAGCCUAGUGUACAGCAGCCCCAGCGAGAAGCCUCUGUUCAACAGCAGCAACAAUUUGAACAGAUACAGCAGCAGCAGCGUGAGCCCUCUGUUCAGCAGCAACAGCAGCAGCUUGAACCUAUACAACAACAUCAACGCGAGCCUUCUCUUCAACAACAACAGCAGCAGCAGUAUGAACCAAAUGUUCAACAAAUUCAACGUGAGCCAUCUGUUCAACAGCAACUUCAGUAUCAACAAAGCGCUCAGCAACAGCAGCAGUAUCAGCAAAGCAUACAGCAGCAACAACAAUAUCAACAAAGUAUACAGCAGCAACAGCAAUACGAACCAAGUAUUCAGCAAAUUCAGCGUGAACCUUCCGUGCAACAACAUCAGCAAGAAGUGGAUCCAAGUAUUCAGCAGCAACAACAGCAGCAACUUGAACCAAGUAUUCAAGAGCAACAACAACAUCAAGUUGAACCAAGCCUUGCGGAACAGGAACAAGUGCAGCCCAGUAUUCAACAACAGCAGCAACAGCAGUUUGAGCCAAGUAUUCAACAGCAAAAACAAGUAGAGCCCAGUGUUCAGCAGCAACAGCAGUUUGAGCCAAGCGUUCAGCAACAUCAGUAUCAAAAUGUUCAACAACAGCAGCAACAAAUUCACCAAGGAGUUCAACAACAUAGAUUGCAACAUGAAAGCGCUCAACAGUACCAACAUCGUCUUCAGCAACAGCAGCAAAUAUCCGGUAUCAAACAGUACAAAUCUACGUCUGUAAAAACCGCCGGAGUGACUCCAAGUCUUGCCAACUCUGAAAGCAGCAAUGAAGUUGAUCCUAAAACAAAAACUCCAGCUGCUCUUCAAAGCUCAAUGAGUGAAGAAGAACGUCUGCAAAAAGCAGAUCAAGCACUCGAUCAAUUUUUUAGCGAUGUUUUGGCUAAUCUAAGUGUCAGGAUGAAGACUGGUAUGGACGAACCUCUUGGAGAAAUUCUAGAUCCAGUUCGUCUGGAUGACAUGCAAUUGCAGCCCUUAGUAGCUGGAGAAGUUUUUGAUGUCAAAAUGAGAGAAAUAACCGUAGGAGGCCUUUCAGAUUACAAAGUUACUCAACUUGAAAGUCAGUUGUCUGAAUCUAGAAUCAAAAUAGGAAUUCACUAUCCGAAAUUGUAUGCCAAUUGCUUAUUUGCUGCAAAUGGCACAAUGUAUGAGAUCUUCAAGGUAACUGGAAAAGGAAAUGCUACUAUUAUUUUCAACGAAGUUCACGCACGAACCGUCAUGUAUCUCACCAAAGACGACGGAGUACUGCAAGUGACAUCUGCUGACCAACCUUAUGUUGAUUUCUCAUCUGCUGAAAUUCUCUUCCGCGAUGAAGAAGCAGCUCCAAAUGCAGAACCGGUGAAGGCUGAAAGUGUGGCCACUCAACUGGGUCCCUUAUACUUUUGGGUCUUGACUGCAAAUGCAGUGGAUAAAAUCGACUACCCAUUGGCCAUGUACUUCAACAAAGCUCUCAAAGAAUUUCCCCUGAAUGAAUUCUUGCAAGGACAUAUCUUUAGACAAAGACAUCUCAGAAUCCACGUGCCACACAAUCCAAUCCCCUACGCAUAUGUAUCUCCUGAUCUCACAAAUUAG